AUGAUCACAGAAGAAAGACAAAAAAAAAACGAAUUUGGAAACGACUUGCAUCUAGUCUUUGUGGAUUACAAGCAGGCGUAUGAUAGUGUAGACAGAGAAGAGCUUUGGAAAGCAUUGGUAAUAUUAGGAAUACCCAAAAAGUAUGUGAAUGUAAUAAAAGCAUGUUAUGAAAAAACACUAUGCAGAGUGUGUUAUAUACAAGGCAUCUCACAUCCUUUUGAAGUUCAAUCUGGCUUUAAACAAGCGGACGCGUUGUCACCUGCACUAUUUAACUUAGCCCUCGAAAAAAUAAUUAGAGACACAAACGAUGACACAAGGAUGGAGAUAAGCAAUGAACAAGUUAUGUUAGCCUACGCAGAUGACAUUGUGCUGAUGGGUGAAACAAAAGAGGAAAUCAUCAACUCAACAUCUAAACUCAUAAAUAUCACGAUCGAUUUGGACAUUGAAUACUCGACGAAUGACAGCCGGAACCGGACGCCGUCGGUGUUCAGCUCGCGACCAGAGUCACCGACCGAGUCGACGGACGAGCGUCAGAUGCUUUUGGACGUUGAACAAAAUAUCGCCAACCUGGAGAGGACAUUCACCGAUAGCCGACGGUUGGGCGAACGGCAGCAGGACAUWGAAAACAACGGAGGAAAGGAAGUUGUAGGAGGUGGCGGCGGUGGUGGAAGUCGGACGCACAAGAAAGGACUGUUCCGGUACAGCUCGUUUAGUUCGGACAAGGAUGUCGGAGGUGGAAACGAUCGGAAAAGUCGUGGUACAAUUUUUAAAAAAGGCGUGAAGAGCUUAAUGAGAAUGGGCAAACAGAAACUCCCGCAAGAUAAGGAGGCAUUGGUGGACAGUGACGACAGUGCACAAAUGACUGCAAUCCCUCAUCAACGGGGUCACAUGACGGAGACAAGUGACCUAUCUUCUGACAACGAAUCUAUMAAUUCUCUCAAUGUCGAAUACUCACCAAAGCCUAAAAAACCAUUGAAACAUAAAGAUCAAUUAAAUGCAACCCAAAAUGCACUUAAAUCUCAAGACUUUCAAGUAUGUGUAACCAUCAUUGAGGCAAGACAACUAGCAGGUCUGAAUAUGGACCCUGUUGUAUGCGUACAAGUUGGCGAAGUAAAGAAAUAUACGAGUGUGAAGGAAAGCACAAACUGUCCUUACUACAAUGAAUAUUUUGUAUUCGAUUUUCAUAUGCCAACUGUAAUGUUAUUUGAUAAAAUCAUUACACUAUCGGUUUUGCAUUCUAAAAAAAUCCUAAGGUCAGGCACGGUGGUUGGAUCAUUCAAGAUCGACUUACACACCGUCUAUGACACGCCCGGUACAUUGCAUUUUCUUUUUCAUAAUUUCAACCUGCUGUUACCGGACGGCGUCCCGGUGGACCGGCAGAGGGCCAAAUACGUGGUGCGGAUAUACAGGGCUGACGGUUUGCCAAAAAUGAACAGCACGCUGGUGGCGAACGUGAAAAAAGCAUUUACCGGCGAGAACCGAGACCUGGUCGACCCAUUCGUACAAGUAUCGUUCGCCGGUUUAACCGGCAAAACGAGCGUAAGAAAACACAGCUAUUCACCGGUGUGGAAUGAGCAAAUUGUUUUCUCCGAGAUGUUUCCUCCRCUAUGCCAGCGGAUAAAAAUUCAACUGAGGGACAAUGAUCCAGUAAACACGAUUAUUGGCACACAUUUUAUCGACCUGAAGACUAUAUCAAACGACGGCGAAAGAGGAUUUCCCCCAACAUUCGGCCCCACGUUCAUACACAUGUACGGAUCAACAAGGGAUUACAGUAUUUUAGACAAGCACGCGACGCUCAAUACUGGCCUUGGAGAAGGUGUUUCAUACAGGGCAAGAGUAUUAGUUGCGAUUCGAACUGAAAUCACAGAAAACACGGAAUUUAUGAACUCUGGUGUAGAUGUCGAACCUACCUAUCCCAUCACAGAGACAUCGUACUGUAAAAACGAAGAGUUCUUUUUAUUCAUGACCAUUUUAGAUGCAUCUAUGAUUGACAAGAAACUUGGAGAGAAGCCUAUAUUUUUCGAACUGAGUAUAGGGAAUGCUGGAAAUAUGAUUGAUGGCCAUAACGAAUCUAGCUCUCAAGAAGAUCACGAUAAAGUCAACGUGCUUGAGAGCGUUAUUUCGGAAUCGUGGCAAAGCACAACGGCAGCUAUAAAGCCAAUAUCCAACGAUAAGGUGUAUUAUUAUUUACCACUACGUGAAGACAAGCCCUGUUUACAUGUCAAGUCAAUAUGGCCAGAUUACAGGCGAAGAAUGUACAACUCAAAUAUUAUAAAUAAAAUAUCGGACAAACUGGAAGAAGGUCUGAAUGAAGUAUCAUUUUUGCUUGACGAUGAUGACCCUGAUAAGGAAGAAAAACUAAAAUCUGUCUUAGACGAACUAUCUACUAGUUGCAACCGAUACGUGAAUUUCACAAAGGGUGUAGGAUGUGGUCAGGGCUUAGGAAAAACUAAGUUGGACAAAGAACGAAUGAAGCUAUGCCUUAGAGAGAUUGAACAUAUUGGAAAAAUGUCAAGAACUUUGAAAGCUAUAGUUACCAAAAAUUCAUUCAAAGAACGUUAUAGAACGGCGUUAAGCUACUUACAAAAAAUCAAAGCUCUAAUCGAAGAUCCACAACAYGCAUUGCCUGAUAUUUUCCUGUGGAUGGUAAGCAAUGGCAAAAGAGUAGCUUAUCAACGAAUCAUGACUAGGCACUUAAUAUAUUCGGUUGCUGACGAAGAAUGCGGAAAAUUUUGUUCAAAAGUACACAGCAUGUUCUUAAAGUUACCGGGAAAGAAAAAUUACGGUUCGUCCGGUUGGGCAGUACCAGCUAAACUGCAAGUGUACACAUGGUUGGGCCAGAUGAAACACAAAAAGUACCUCUCAAACGGUCUACCAAAAGGUUAUAAUACCACGCCUGAAUUGUACAGUUCGGAAAAUCCUAGAUUGCCACCGCCGGCCUACAUUCAUUAUUGCGAAAAAUAUACAUUUCAACUAAGGGCGUACAUGUAUCAAGCCCGUUCGCUAAUAGGUUCCGAUGCAUCCGGCUUAUCCGAUCCGUACGCACAAAUUAUAUUCGGUGAAAACUCGACCAAAACACAAGUAAUCGAUGAAACUUUGAGUCCCACCUGGGAUGAACUGUUGAUCAUCAACGAAGUGAUACUGUAUGGGACAAAAGACGAUAUUAAAAAGGAUCCACCGACAAUCGUGGUGGAAAUAUUCGAUCAAGACAAAGUGGGAAAGUCUGAAUUCAUCGGAAGAACCGUGGCUAAACCACAUGUGAAACUUUUGGAAGACGACUAUGUAAGACCAGAAUUUCCACCGUCAUUGGAAUGGUAUGAUGUCCAUAGAGGCAUGGAACACGCUGGAGAGCUUUUAGCAACGUUUGAAUUAUUACAACUUCCUAACGCACUAAUUGGCGAAAGUGCAAUAUUACCACCAUUGCCAAAUCCUAAAGAAAUUUAUUCAAUAGUAGACGGACAACACUGUGAACCAAUUUUACCGAUUCCAAAAGAUAUUAGACCAACGUUAGCAAAAUAUAGGAUUGAAGUAUUGUUUUGGGGACUACGAGAUCUGAAACGUGUUCACUUGAUGACUGUAGACAAACCUCGUGUAGAUAUUGAGUGCGCCGGUCAUAUACUUUACUCGUCUAUUAUACAAAAUGCACGAAAAAAUCCAAAUUUUAGUACUCCAGUUAAAUUUUUAGAGCUAGAGCUUCCGGAACAAGAGCUUUAUCGCCCACCGCUCACAAUACGUGCUGUUGACUGCCGGAGUUUUGGCAGAUUUACCUUAGUAGGUACACAUCUUAUAAACUCAAUCCAUAGAUAUAUGUAUGUACCAACCACUAAGAAGGAGAAAGAAGCAAUUGAACGAAAUAGAUCGCUACAACAACUACAACAAAUCAAUUCAAAAAAAAAUCAAAUAAACACAAGUCGAUUUACCAAAAGUGAACAAAAUACUAAUAAUAACAAUAAUUUACAGUUUAAUGGAAAGGCCAAUAUUUUAGACAAUAAAGAUGAUGUGAUCAACAUUAGUUAUGGUUCUAGUCAUUUGACUCAAAAGGAUAUAAAGACACAAUUAAAUAGAUUAAGUAGGAAACAAAGUGUCGAGGAAAUAAUAGAAUUGAAAAAUGAUGAUAGCCGUGAUUGGUGGACAAAAUAUUUUGCUUCUGUUGAAAGCGCUAUUAUCGAAGAAAAUCGAAAAAUUGUAUAUGGAGACACCAACGGGCUAUUACCGAUUCAAAUGGAACCUAACCAAAAUGAAGUGAAACCGCCCAAAAAAAGUUCAAAAGCGUCACGUUUUGUAGCAAAACUAAGUCCAAAAAAAUUUCAAAGAAAACGAGAAAUUACUAAAAUUGCUACCAUGAAGAUAUAUUCAAACGAACUUGAGGCACAGCCCGAAUUCAAUGGUUUUCGAGAAUGGCUAUUACCAUUUGAUUUGUAUCGGGGUAAAAAAACAGGCGAUGAUGUCGAAGAUGAGGCUCGARUCGUGGGAACGUUUAAAGGUUCUAUAAAAGUAUAUAAAUGGCCUUUACCUAAAGACAUCGAAGAUCAUACUAUAAUGGGAUUUGAUCCACAAUAUGGUUUUUUUCAAGGCUUACCUUCAAAUGAUCCAAUCCAUGUGUUGGUUAGAGUGUACAUUGUUAAAGCAAAUGAUCUCCAUCCUAUGGACAUCAAUGGAAAAGCUGAUCCAUAUGUAGUAUUACAAUUAGGCUCAAAAAAAAUUAGUGACAAAGAUAACUACAUUUCAAAACAGCUCAAUCCGGUUUUUGGAAAAUGUUUUGAAAUUGAAGCGACAUUCCCACAAGACUCGAUGUUAACUGUGCAAAUACUAGAUUGGGAUCUAUUGGGAUCAGAUGAUUUAAUAGGAGAGACCAGGAUAGACUUAGAAAAUCGAUUUUAUAGUAGACAUAGAGCGACAUGUGGUAUUCCUAAAACUUAUGAACUGUCGGGAUACAAUCGGUGGAGAGAUUCAAUGAARCCAACCCAAAUAUUAGCCAAAUUAUGUAAAGAGGCUAAAUUAGACCCACCGGUCUAUUUAAACGKAACGGUUAAAAUUGGUACUAAGACAUUUUGUCUUCAGAAUAAUAUAGACGACACAAUCGAAUGGUAUUGUUCUAAAGGUACGGAAGAGCACAUGGCGUUAGCCGUCUUGCAUAAUUGGCACGAAAUACCUCGAAGGGGAUGYCACCUUGUACCCGAACAUAUUGAGACUAGGCCGCUGUUUAUUGCAGACAAAGCAGGAAUCGAAAGAGGCAAACUAGAAAUGUGGGUGGACAUGUUUCCGAUGGACAUGCCACUUCCAGGCCCGGCGUUAGACAUAUCGCCAAGGAAACCAAAAUCAUACCAAUUGCGUGUGAUCAUUUGGAACACGGACGACGUAGUGUUAGAAGACGAUGCAUUUUUCACUGGCGAAAAAAUGAGUGAUAUUUACGUAAAAGGGUGGUUGAAGGGCCCGGAAGACUGCCAGAGCACAGACAUACAUUACAGGUCAUUGACWGGAGAGGGAAACUUCAACUGGAGAUUUUUAUUUCCGUUCGACUAUUUAGUGGCGGAAGAGAAAAUCGUUAUUUCGAAAAAAGAAUCACUAUUCUCGUGGGAUGAAACGGAAAGUAAAAUACCGGCUAGGCUCGAGCUCCAAGUGUGGGAUGCUGAUCAUUUUUCAGCUGAUGAUUUUUUGGGAGCCUUAACAUUGGACUUGAACAAUUUUCCGCGAGGGGCCAAAUCUUCAAAGUUGUGCACGUUGGAAAUGCUCAAGUCAGAUGGAUCAGUUCCGAUGGUUAAUAUAUUCAAGCAAAAACGCGUUAAAGGCUGGUGGCCGUUUUAUGUGAAAAAAGAAAACGAGGAAAUGGAAUUAACGGGUAAGGUUGAGGCCGAGUUACACUUGCUUACCACCGACGAAGCGGAAAAAAUUCCUGCGGGUAUUGGACGCAACGAACCAGAUCCAUUAGAUAAACCCAACCGACCAGACGCUUCAUUUAUGUGGUUCCUAAAUCCAUUUAAAUCUAUACGUUACAUAAUUUGGCACAAUUAUAAAUGGAAAAUUUUGAAAGGGAUCAUCGUACUGGCUAUAUUCCUCAUGAUAAUAUUGUUUUUCUAUUCCAUUCCCGGUUACUCAGUUAAAAAAAUGCUAGGAGCCUAACCGUUUUGUUUUGUUUUUUUUUUAAGACUUAGCCAAUUAUUUGAAUAUAAUAUACGUAUACUUUUUAUUUUUAAUCGUAAUUUUUAUUUUACAUAUCAGUACCAUAACUUUAUAAUAUUCUAAAAAUAGAUGUGGUUAGAUUAUCAGUAGAUAUCAAAAUAACUCUAUUAGUAAAGCAAUUUUUAUCAUAACUUUAUUAAACAUUAUCACUCUCUAAAUAAUCAUCCAAGUCCUUCCAAAAGUCUGUGUUCACAAAAAACCUAAAAUCACAAUAUUAYGUUCUUGAUCAUAUAAUUUCAAUUUCCAUUUUAUUUUUGAUACGACUCACAUCAUAUAGGAAUUGAUCAAAAUAAAGUGAACACCAUAUUUAUAUAAAUAAAAGGGCUAAAAUUAUUAAUUUAAUCAUAUUUCUAUAAAC